GAACCUGUAACCAUCAAUCAUCACCCUGUUUUCCUCCUCUGGCUCCACACCCAGUCUGGAUGUUUAUUGUGCUGCCUUCAGGGACGGUCUGGGAGUUUGGAGUUUUGUGCUUAGUAGGUGUUUUUAGUUUCUCUUUGUAUAAUAUUUGUUCUCGCAAACUCUGGCAUCAUGAUGUUGAGUUGCUUUGAUUUGGUUGAAUGUUUAUAACAUUUUUCAAACAUAUUGAUGUCUGUGUGUUGAGGUAUAAAUUGUCAGAAAUGCAGAUAAACUUUUCACACUUUUGAAUGGGAUUUAAAAUACAUAUACUUUUCCAUUUGGAGCUCCAAACAGAAACAUUAUUGUUUUUUAACAAACUGCACUUGAAAAAACCAGUGGGCGUUGCUUAUUAAUUAACUCAGUGGCUAGGCUAACUACUGUUAGCAAUGCAGGCUAGUAGCAGUGUAUUUCCCUGAAUUUUGAGUUCUUUUAACUCCUUUAUGUUAAUACCUGAACUACAAUCCUGAGAGAGUUUUAAGAAAAGGAGGCUUUGUGGAUGUAGAGCAUGACCAGAGAGCAGAGAGAGAAGGAGGAACUUCAAUCAUAUCCCCUACUCCAACAUCUCUUUGUCUGGCUUUCCACUUGUGAACAAACUGAUGGUGUCAUCCCGGACAUGUUGAUGUGGGAUAUUAUCCAAGCUGCUUGGAAAUCGAUCCGUUAUUAUGUCAGAAGCAAUCUUCAGUCAGAGGAUUCUUCAGAUUUGUUGCAAGACUGACUGCUAUUGGAGAUCCUCUGGCCCCCUGCAUCAUCAUCAGAAACAUUUUAGAGAUAAUUGAAUGAUUUGAGUUACAUCAGCGUUUAAUUUACCAGUGUGUAGGGCUGGACAACAGAUCAAUAACAACAUAUAACACAAUAGACACGUAAUUGAAUCAUAGAAUAUUAAAUAUUCAAUAUAGAAUAUUCACUCAACUCCAAUCCAGAACCAAACGGCAUUCUGGGAGAUGUAGGCUGAGAAAAGGGUUUUAGAGGCUUAACAUUUCACAGCUAAUUAAGCUAGGUUUAAUGUUUCACCACUUUAUGUGAUAACUAUUUAAAAAUAAAAAUAAAACAUUGCGUGGAGUGAAAACUGUGGAUAAAGCUGGAAAGGUGAUGCAAUAUUUCAGAUAUUUAAAACAAAAAACUAAUCGGUAACUAUCAAUAUCAACUGAUAUAAAAUGUGUUUUUCAGCCACACUAUUCAGCUCUGGGAUAAAGUUGAAUUUUCAUAACAAUACACAAAUAGCUGAAAAAGUCUAACUCUGGUUAUAACAUCGUUUAGAGUCGUUAUCGGGCGGGUGGGGGAGGCGAAUGUUUACUCAGGCGGCAUUAGCUAUAAAAAGCGUGGGAUUCACUGAGUUAGGGAAUCUGUUGUUUUGCAAUUUCAGUUCUGCUAUGUCUGUGCCACGGAGGGUUCCGUGAACGCAGCCUUCACUCUCCUGAGGCCUUACAUAAUAAAGUAUGAGGCCACGCCCCCUCGCUCAGCCACCAAAAAGGGUUGCCGUAGCUGCAAGCUCCACACUUUGAGUUUGCAACCAGACAACAGGGAAGCGCAACAGCAAGCUUAAACUUUCUGCGCAACACAGAGAAACUUACCGAACCGACUCCCAGAAGAACCUCCGAACCUGCGGAAAUGAUUUUCAACAAGUUGAAAAAGUUCCUGGUGGUUUUUGACUCGCCGGAGCUGGACUGCGCCCCUGUGUUCAGCAGCGGGGACGUGGUGUCCGGACGGGUCGUGCUGGAGCUGUUCGGCGAGACCAAGGUGGAGUCCCUGAAGCUGCACGCGGAGGGGUUCGCCAAGGUUCACUGGACCGAGUCCCGGUCCGCCGGCUCCAGCACGGCGUACACCCAGAACUACAGCGAUGAGGUGGAGUACCUGAACCGGAGAGAGGUGCUGCUUCAGGCAGAUAACGGCGAGCUGACAGUCCUUCCUGCCGGCAGACACGAGUUCCCGUUCAGCUUCCAGCUGCCGGAGGAGACGCUCGUCACCUCCUUCGAGGGGAAGCAUGGCAGCAUCCGCUACUGGGUCAAAGUGAAGCUGCACAGGCCGUGGUGUCCCGUCAGGAAAAUCAAGAAGGAGUUCACCGUCAUCGAGCCCAUCGACAUCAACACGCCAAGCCUGCUGGCUCCUCAGGCGGGGACGAAGGACAAGAUGGCCCGGACAUGGUACCGUAACUUUGGACAGGUGUCCGUAACCGCAAAGAUUGACCGCAAAGGUUACACUCCAGGUGAGGUCAUACCUGUGUUUGCCGAGUUCGACAACGCCACGUCCAGGUCCAUCGUGCCCAAAGCCUUCAUCACCCAGACGCAGACGUUCAUCGCGCGCGGCACGAUGAAGCAGAAGCGGUCGGUGGUGGCCACGCUGUGCGGCGACGUGGUGAGCGCCAGAACCCGGGAGACGUGGCACGGUCGGGCCAUCAAGAUCCCGCCGGUGGGGCCGUCCAUCCAGCAGUGCCGCAUCAUCAAGGUGGAGUACAUGCUGAAGGUUUGUGUCGACGUUCCGGGAACUUCCAAGCUGUGUUUGGAGCUGCCGCUCGUCAUCGGCACCAUCCCGCUGCAUCCCUUCGGCAGCCGCACGUCCAGCAUCAGCAGCCAUUACAGCGUCAACCUGGAGUGGAUGCGCAUGGCCAUCCCGGAGCAGCCCGAGCCUCCUCCAGAGUACAGCUCCGUGGUGACGGAGGAGGAGGCGGAGCAGCGGAACAACGGCAUCGCCCCGCCGCCGGCCGAAGACCUGAGUGGCAUCAUGGAGCGCCCGCUCAUGGCGUUCCUUCAGGAGUUUCGCUUCCGACCUCCGCCGGUCUACAGCGAGAUCGACCCGAACCCUCAGCCCCCCAAUAUGCGACCGCGCUGCAUGACGUGUUGAACCAAGAGCCCCGCCUGAGCGACGAGCUGCGUUACUAGCAAAACGAAUCGAGAGAUUUGUCUUCUUCUGGAUCUAAUCCUCAUUGCUGAAUGAGCGCCUGGACCGCGGCGCCGGACUGCGGCGCCACCCGGAGGAGGAGCUCAGAGGAACUGAAAAGCUGGCAGACACGAACGGUACUGCCGACACGGGGAAACGGCUUCUCGGCACCAGUUCCUGUCCUUCACAAGUGAUUUGUUUUUUCAAAAAUUUUCCUACGAUUUUUCCGUCUCUCGGAGAAAGGGGAGACGAAGCGCCUCCCAAUCGACGAUUCCCCUCUUUUUGUGAGACGUAAAGAGUUUGGGACUUUGUUGGGCGGUUCAGGAUCACUUGGUAUUUAUCAGGCAGAGUCUUUUUCUGAGCCGAUUGUCGACUCAGUUUGUGACUUUGACGUUUCCUGGCAGCAGGCAGACGCCAACCCGCAUUGCUGUGCGUUGUCACUGGACAGCUGCGUCUGUUAUGUGACGUACCUACAGGUGUGAAGGUGGAGCAGAGGAUGAGAUGUUUGCUCUUGAAUGCAAGAACAAACGGGAAACGUGCGCCUUAAUGAUCUGCAUGAGAGUUUUAGAGGCGUUCUCCUCUCAGAGCGCCUGAGAUGAGGCUUCUUCUCUGAAGAGGCCAGAAGUGCUUCUUUAUAGAGAGAAAAAAAUAAAAUGGUUGAAAUCAGAUAGCGUUUUUGUGUGGAAAACACUGGAGUGUUUUGGUUUAAGUGGACUGGCAACAGGAAGGAUGUUGCAUUGUUUUUUGUUUUUUGCGAUAAGCGGCGGCCUCGGAGACAUUUGGACCGAGCGAUUCGGUGCCAAGAGGUCGGCCGGUGAAACCUGCAGACGCCACUGAAGCAUUCCACUAAACUGACUGACUUUGAGGAUUUUUUAUUUUAAUUUUCCUCAACUUCCAAAAAAAGUCAGUUUGUAUCAGUUCAGGGUCAAAUGUGCAACGUCAGGGCACACUAGAGGAAAAAUGUAUUUUUAUACAAAAUGUUGUUUUGUCAGCUUUUCUAUUUGUUUUUCUAAUAAAACAUUUAAAUAAU